GAGUGUCUGUGACAGGUCGUGUGUGUGUGUCGGCACACAGGGAGCCCUCACAUGUUGCCGACCCCCCGCCUAUUUACAAGUGGAGGAAGGCGGGGCUUGGAGUUCACCGAAGGAGGACGGCAGAUCAAGGUGAUGCAACUUCCAAUAAGCCAAUACUGGCGGAAAAACCCAUAUAUGUAAAGCGCACUCAAGGCAACAAGACCAGCGCUCACCUCUACGCAUAGAAAAGUUUCUGGAUUAGAGCAGAAUUAGCACAAAGCAGCGACGCCACUCCAGCUACACUCGCAAAGCACACAGAAGAGGCACGAGAGGGACCGAGACACUUGAGCGAACGCCACCUCAGAAAACUUCCAACUCUGAUAGCGAGAGCUGGACCUGUCCAUCCCAGAGAGAGACAGAGGCAGCAGAGAGGCAAGGGGAUCUGUGCCGACAAGGUCCUGAAGGAUGGAAGAGAAGCAGUUUGCCGGGAUCCUGAACGGAGCAGUUCCAGGCGAGCCAGUGAAGAAGGAUGAAAACUCCCGGAGAGGGAACUGGGGCAACCAGAUUGAGUUUGUCCUCACCAGUGUGGGCUAUGCUGUGGGCCUGGGCAACGUCUGGAGGUUUCCCUACCUCUGCUACAGAAAUGGAGGAGGUGCCUUCAUGUUACCGUACUUCAUCAUGCUGGUAUUCUGCGGCAUCCCCCUCUUCUUCCUCGAGCUGUCCUUUGGUCAGUUCGCAAGCCAGGGAUGUCUGGGAGUAUGGAAGAUCAGCCCCAUGUUCAAAGGUGUGGGCUACGGCAUGAUGGUGGUGUCCACCUACAUUGGGAUCUACUACAACGUGGUCAUCUGCAUUGCCUUCUACUACUUUUUCUCAUCCAUGACAAACCUGCUGCCUUGGACAUACUGCAACAAUCCCUGGAACACACCUGACUGCAGUGGGGUUCUGGGCAACAACCUUCCACUUAACGCCAGCCUGGCCAAUGCUACCAAUAGCCUGGUGGCAGGGGUGUCCGAGGUGGUCAACCGCACUAAGAGGACCAGUCCCAGUGAGGAGUACUGGAAACACUAUGUAUUGAACAUCUCUGAUGAUAUUGGGAACUUUGGAGAAGUGCGUCUCCCAAUCCUGGGCUGCUUGGCUGUGUCCUGGGUUGUUGUCUUCCUCUGUCUCAUCAGGGGCGUUAAGUCCUCUGGAAAGGUGGUGUACUUCACAGCUACGUUCCCCUACGUCGUUCUGACUAUCCUGUUCAUCCGUGGCAUCACCCUGGAUGGGGCAAUCAAUGGCAUCAAGUACUACCUGACUCCACAGUGGCAGAAGGUCCUUGAUGCGAAGGUGUGGGGAGACGCAGCGUCACAGAUCUUCUACUCUCUGGGCUGUGCCUGGGGGGGGCUCAUUACCAUGGCUUCCUAUAACAAAUUCCACAACAACUGCUUCAGAGACAGCAUCAUCAUCAGCGUAACCAACUGUGCGACCAGUGUGUAUGCCGGCUUUGUCAUUUUCUCCAUCCUGGGCUUCAUGGCACACAACCUGAAUGUUCCUGUGUCAGAGGUGGCUGACCACGGCCCAGGUCUGGCCUUUGUGGCCUACCCAGAGGCCCUCACUCUCCUCCCCAUAUCACCACUCUGGUCUCUUCUCUUCUUCUUCAUGCUCAUCCUUCUGGGAUUAGGGACUCAGUUCUGUCUCCUGGAGACCCUGGUGACGGCCAUCGUCGAUGAGAUCGGUACAGACUGGAUCAUCAGACACAAGACCAUAGUCACAUUGUCAGUGGCCAUAACUGGAUUCUUACUGGGCGUGCCGCUAACAACACAGGCAGGAAUCUAUUGGUUGCUACUGAUGGACAACUAUGCUGCUAGUUUCUCUUUGGUCAUUAUCUCCUGCAUAAUGUGCAUCUGCGUCAUGUAUGUUUAUGGUCACCGGAACUACUUUAAAGAUGUCGAGAUGAUGCUGGGCUUCCCACCUCCUCUCUUUUUCAAAGUCUGCUGGAGAUUCAUCUCCCCUGUCAUCAUCUCUUUCAUCCUGAUCUUCACAGUGAUCCAGUACAAGCCCAUCACCUACAAUGACUAUGUGUAUCCUGGCUGGUCUCUGGCUAUCGGCUUCGCUAUGGCUCUGUCUUCAGUGGUUUGCAUACCCAUCUAUGCCCUCUACAAGAUCUCAAGGUCCCCAGGAGCCACCUUCAGAGAGCGGUUGAAGAACGCCUGCCGAUCACAUCCAAAGUGGGGUCCAGCCCUGCAGGAGCAUCGGACGGGCCGCUACGCCCCCAUGGCCUCUGAAGACACUGUGGAGGCUCGUCCCCUCAAGGAGAAGGAGGAGCUGAAGGAAGAGGAGAAGGAGAGGAAGGAUGAGAUCAGCCUCACCAUCCAGGGAAGCAACGGCUCCACUAACACACACAACAACCCCAACCCCAGCGCAUAGACGGCACCCUACUCUUUCAUCGGGCAUGUCUCAAAUGCCCCACCGUUUCCUCCUUCUCUUCCUUCCUUGUCCUCCCUCCUCCUCACCCCACUUUCCCACAGUCCACUGUGGGGAAGAUCCCAUUCGCUGGAGACCUUUACAUAUUGUAAGGGCUUAUUAUAUCUACCCUAACCUCUUCUAUCUAUCUGUGUUGUCUCUAGAUAAUUGAAGAAAAAAAAAAUGAAAGGAAGAAAAAAUUGGGUCAUCAUCCAAAAGAUUUGUGUGUAUGUUAGUGUGUGAGUGUGGGUGGGUUGUUAAUUUGUUACACAUAAUUUAAUAAUGCGGUUUGUUUUUCCUUUCCUUUUUUGUAAAACGUGUAUUUGUCAUCUUCAUAUGCAGUUAGAGGUACAGUAGAUUGUGAAGCUGCAUGUGUUUGUUUUGUGCAUGCAGCAGCAUAGAGACACACACUGUUCUCCUUUAUUCUGUUAGCUGGGUAUGUUUGGGAUUUGGUGACUUUCUAGCAGCAGUGAUUUGACAGCUGGAGACUUGUUGUGAUGUGAUACACAGUGGUGCUGUAACAAAGAGGAGCAGGACAAAUUGUGCCUGUACUGGCCAUUUACAGUGCGGUGAUGCUGAAAGGUGGAACUAGGCUCGAUCCUAUGGCCAGAAAAAGAGGCAAAAACACUCAUUCACACUCAAACACUCAUAAUAUUGUACAUUUUACAGCACACAGUGACCUCAACCAUAGUUGAUCUCAGCUUAAGACUAAGCCUGUUGUUUUUUAUGCUGCUUCUUUAAGAAUAUUCUACAGAGCACAAAUAUUUAACAAACACCUGAGAGAUUUCCUUCAUUUGUAAAUUUUUCCACUAAAGCUGCUUAAAGUCAGUAGAAUGAACUGUACUGAACUCUGCCUACAGGCGCACACACACACACAGACAUUUGUUUCUAGUUUUUUUGACAAGAGAUCCCAAUGCCCGUUUCUCAGGGUCCAAGUGAAGUUAAACUUUAUGGCUUGUGGUUGUUCCUUGCCUGUGGGAACUUUGUUUCGAAUAAGGUGACCAGUUAACGUUAAAUCCAGAGAAACCACCUAACUUUCACCGAAGAAACAUCUACACUUAUAUACAAAACAGGUGGAUGCAACUCUCUAUGUUGAAGUGCCAUCUCUUCUCAAGUCUUCCAGACAUUCUUUUUCAGUGAAAUGCAUCUUGGGAUGUGGUCCAUGAUUGAGGAUCCGAGCUAGGGUAGGCAGUUAGUGAAAGGAUCAUAGAUCUGUGGUAGUCUGUCUCUCAUGGGUUGUAGCAAUCUGCCCAACUAAGGCAUGUUACCAAAAGCAUUCCCUGAGUCUUGCACAUGUUUUUGGUAACAUUUAUACUGUAUAUCUCAGAGAGGCUGAUACAGUGUCUUUUACAGUCAGUGGAACCUUUAAUGUAUUUACAGGCAUUUAUUGUAAAGCUCUGAGCCAAGCUGUGCUAUGACUGCUGCAGAGACAGAACGCAGGGAGAUGGAGCUUGUUUCCAGAAGAAUUAAAAUCAAUUGAACUGAAUUAUGUAGUUUUAAAUGUAGCUGUAUAGUAUUGUUCUCUCAGUAGAAUUCUCCUUUUUACCUCUCAUUAUUGUAAAGUAACUUAGUAAAUAAUUAUAAAGACAGCACAUGUUUAUUUUGUACAAACAAAAUCAGAAUCACAAUUAACCAUGUUUACCAUUCCCUAUCUGUGACUUGAUUUGUUAAUGUUUUGAUGGAGGGUGUGAUAGGACAGAGAGGGGUCUUUUUAGCAUGCAAAGUUGGGUUCUCCGGUGUCUUACUGUAAAGCAUCCAGGACAUCUUUGUAACAGUGUGAUGGCACUCUGAACACAAACAAAUACAUGAAGAGUUUUGUUCUUUGUCAUCUGGACAGAUGUGUGAAGAACUACCUUUGUUUUGGAUGCUUGUUCAGGUGGUAGUGAGGUGCAGACAGGGAGGAUUUCGGGGAUUGAGUCAGGUCUGGCUGUAACUGUCUUGGUUACUGUUGUUCUUUGUUUGUGAGCAUCAAUAAACUCAAAGGUGUUUGGAGAACCGGGGACUAUGUUACCAGUAUAAGCAUGGGACAUACUGUGUUCACUUAGUGUACAAAGUAGGAUGGCCUGUCUCCCAAAAUGGUGAAGUUCUGUUAAGAUUCUAAAAAUUCAUGUUCAUGUUUAUCAGACGAUACUGAAGCACAACUUCACACAUUCUUUUUGUCUUUCACCACUGCUUCCCACAAUCGUGUCUCUAGAGGAUGAUGGCGAUUUUGACACGACAGUGCAGUUGCUCCACUGAUCCACAAGAUGGGGAUAUGCUGACACUCAGGCUAGCAAAGGCACAACAGAGGUGGAACUGUGAACUAACUGCAAUAAGUCCAAGUGUCAAGAACGUAUCAGCUUCAGAGGUCAAUGCUAAGCACAGAAGCUCUCAUAUGGUGGAGAUAAUCAGGAUAAGUGCAGUGAGCAUUCUGAAACAAGCACAUAUUUCUAUCCAGGUUUUUACAGGAAGGUUCUAUGAUUAUAGAAGCAUUUACUGGCUGUUCCCACCAUUGGAUACUUGUAGCUUUGGUCGGUAGUUAGCCGUCAGUUUUGACCUUGCGGUUUUUAUUUCCUAAAGUAUUUGUAUCACACAUGACGUAUUUUGUAGUGGUGUUUAUUUUUAAUUACUGCAAAACCAGGUGCUUUAUGAAACAAUACAUUAUCUACUAAAUGCUCUAAAUAUAUUGCAUUGCUUCCUCUUAGUAGAAAUUCCAAUCUAGGGAACAUUACUCUGUCUACAUGGGGUUUUAUUUGCUGAUAAAGGUGACUAUGAACUUCUUGUUCUCACUGUAUAUUGGGACAGCUUGUAGCUCAGACCUUUUCCUGUUUGUGAUUGCCUGUCUUAUGUGUUCAUGCUGUAGUAAGUGAAGCUUAGCCACCAUGUUAUUAUGCUGUCUCUCUAUAUAUCCCAGCCCUCACCAUCUCUGCUGACCCCACAAUUCUUUCUCCCUUUGUACAGUAAUGUAAAAAAAAUAUAUAAUCAGACUGUGUGUGUGUGUGUGUGUGUGUGUGUGUGUUCACCUUUGCUUUUAUUUUGGAGUAAGUGGGUAAGUGUGUUUUUGCGGAUUGAGGGAGGAUGGGUGUUGUUUCGUUUUGUUUUUGAUUUGUCAUUUUUCUUGUAGUGUAGUGUAGAUGAUGUCAUGUGUACUGUGUACUGUGUAUAGUGGAUAAGCUCUUACUGCUGAGCCUGCAUGUAGAGCAGGUGUAGUGUCAGUAUUGAUGUACUUCUAACCUACCAGAACUAGUUAAGUCCUAUUCUGCUAAUAAUACGCAGUCUAUUUCAGAAAAAAAACAAAAAAAAACAUUUUGUACUAAAAGAAGAGAAGGAAGUCUACAUAUUUUAUUUUCAGUUUUUAAUCAUUGUUUAUCCACAUUCAGUGACAUAUAUUUUUGUUUUUCAAGUCGUAUUGAUGGUAAAUUUAAGAUAAAGCCAGUUAAUAUUAAGAUCAUUUCCAAACAAAAAGCUUUGGAUCAAAACUUGAACUACAAAUCAGUGGUUAGUUUGUGGGUUAGAUGGCAACUGCAGCUACAUGACAGUACUUUUUUUUUUAAGGAAAAAAAACAGUAUGAACCUAAAACUGUUUUACACAUUGCUGUGCCAACAGUCAUACAUUGUUGUUUACCUUUAAUAUUCUGUGGCCCUUAACCCGAACAGUUUGGCUUUUUCUGUCUAGUUGUUACAAAAUGUUAUAAAAUGAGUAAAAUCAAAACACCAAAAUUACUCUUCAACCAAGACUCAAUUUGCAUCAGGACCCAUUAACACACUUACAUUCAUCAGAACAUUUUACUGUUUUACGUGGACAUUUUAGGUAAAUUUACAUCACUUAUGUAUCAAGCAAGGGUCCAUUAUAUUUGGAUUGCUUUCUUUUGUUGGUAAAGUAAAUCUUGAAUUUUCUGGCUACCAAAAGAGACCCAUUUGGUCCUACAGGAAAAUUAAAAGCACACAAUCUGAGUAGUUAAUAAUUGAAAUAAACUUUUCCUUGCUAUCAUCUUUUGCUGAGGUGGUUGUGCAGAAAGUGACUGUUGUUGAAGAACUUGAAUUACAUGAAGGUUCGGACCAUUUUUUAUACACAAAUUAACAGCGCAACUGCUCUGCUGUACUAAAAACUGUGAUUUUUACCUUGUUUCUGUGGUUCUCUGUAAAUUGCAGAACAUUACCUCUGAAUUUACUACUGCUCAUAUAAGUAUAAUCCCAUGUGUCAGCACUUUAAAGAAAUCAUUUGUUUUUAUAAGCAACAGGAUUUAAAAUAAUAAUUCACACACAGUUCUUCUGAUAUUCUCUAUCAUAGCUAUCUGUCUAUCUAUCUAACCAUGUCUGCUCUUCUUGUUCUUCAACCUUUAGGGCCAAAAUCCAUUGAAAUGUUUUAGUCCUGUCAGCUGUAUAUCGUAAACUGUUGAAUUACAAAAUGGUAAAUAAAAUCUAUUUUAAAGAUCA